CAUCAUGACUUAUUCUCCUGAGUGCCUGCAAAACAAAAAUACAAAAUCAAACUCAAAGCUUUUCUUUCAGGUGCUGGUGUGGCACAAUCUAAUGAUUAAAACAGUCAUGCUAACAGCUCUUGGAGCACAGCUGCACAAAAUAACAGCUUUUGGAGCACAAAAUGCAUUACAGUGAAACCCAGUAACCUAACAUGUUGUCAAGGAUAAAGAAAAAAUCUGAAACAAAAGCAGGUAGUGUGUUGAUUUAUGUUGUGAGGAAGCUUUCACUCCCAUCAAAGUCACCCAGUGUUGAGAACCCAAAUGAGCCCAGAAACCUCAAGUGGCUGCAACCAACAGCGAACGCCAAGAAGUGGAUACUUGCAUGCUGAGCAGAAAACCCAACAGAGGCAAGACGGCACAUCUUGGUCCCACUCAGGCAGUACGAACACCUGGAAGGAGGAGCCCACAGUUCAGACCCAAGGUCACCGCGUAGUGAAACAUUUGGGCGGUGGAAAAAUAAUGGAAAAUAAAAUUCAGUCUACAGACUGCUUCAGGUUUCCAAACAUCGGAAACAGCUGCUGCAUCUGUAAUUCUGUCCAUCCUGAGGAGAGUCCACACUCUACAACAGAUCCUUGGCUCACCUAUAAUGACACACAGGUGCUCCACACAACUGGAUCUGCAGCUUGUGAAGAACAGCAGCACUCGGCCUACAUCCUGUUUUACAAGAGAAACUGCCCAGACACCCUUCAGUUUCAUCGUAUCAUCCCUAACAACAGCUGUAGAGUUGGAUGGAGGAUGAAGACAGCAGAGAGAGCAAAAGAAACAGCUUGUUUUCAGUUGAACAUUUGCAAAGCUGAGAAGAUUUUCACUGCGAUCACAUUAAGUCCAAAGAUGUUUAAACUUCUUUUUCACAGAAAGAAAUCAAACAAACAAAACGUGGCAGAGAAGGAAAUUCCUUCUACGUCUCAACAGAGCAUCCCGGAUGCUUCUGUUGCUGCCACACCAACUAACCCUGAAAAUGUUAAAAAGAAGAAGAAGAAGAGAAAAUGGAGACGCUUCUUCUGCUGUUCCUCGCAAACUGACAGCGAUUCAGAGGCAGAGACCACCACUGUAAAGACACAAAAAAAGUCUCGCUGGUCUCUUUUUAAAUUCUGGAAGAGAAAAAGGCAGGCUGCUCCUGAAACGACAGGGGAACCUGAUAAAAUCAGUGACAGCACAGGUAAGGAAUGUGGUGAAAGCUCCCAUCAGGUAAAAAACACCACUGAAAAGAUCCCAGCAGACCUGAGUUGGGACACUUUGAUUAUGGAGCUUCUGGACCAAGAGAGUGGAUGGGAGCAUGUGUUUAACAGCAGUGGAGUCUGCGGUGGAAAAACAAUAGAAAAUCAAACUGAGACUACAGACUGCUUCGGGUUUCCAAACAUCGGAAACACCUGCUACAUGAACUCCUGCCUGCAGAGCCUCCUCAACAUUGAAGAGUUCAUUAGAGACAUCAGCCGUCAGGAGGUUUUGUGGAGCGCAGUCCCAGAAGCUCAGCUCUUAAGAAGGCUCACUGACAUCAGGGACUGUCAUGACUCAACAGAUUAUGGCCUUAAAGAUCACCACCUGAGAUCUUUUAAGAAGGCAUUCAGCAGUCAAGCUCCUGAAUACACAGGCAGUGCACAGAAAGAUGCUCAUGAAUUCCUAACAUUGUUCCUCAAUGAGGUCAAAAGGCUCUCCCCUCACCUGAAGAGGAACGCAGCUCUCCAGGGCCAAAGUUAUACCUGCCCAGUAGAAGACCAUCACGUUUUCAAAAUGGAAAACAUGAGGACAUGCAAGGGCUGCGGUCACCAAUCAUCACAGCAAGAGGAAUUCACCAGCUUGUCUCUUGACCUGGUUCCAGAGGGGUCUGUUGAGGACAUGCUAGAGACAUACUUGAAGGAACAAGAAAUAGAAUUUCGCUGUGAUUGUGGAGGGACGACCUCAGAACUGAAGUCGUCUUUUGAUACACUGCCAAGAGUUCUCAUCUUGCACCUUAAGAGGUUUGGCUUUACACAAACCUAUGAGAUUCAGAAGGUGGAUGACCCCGUCAGGCUGCAGAGGGACUUGGUGGUGCCAUCCAAUCAGGGUGGUGGCUGUUACAGUCUUGUCAGCAUCAUCAGUCAUUAUGGAGGCACAGAAUCAGGACACUACAUCUGUAAUUCUGUCCAUCCUGAGGAGAGUCCAUACUCUACAUCAGAUAAUUGGCUCACCUAUAAUGACGCACAGGUGCUCCACACAACUGGAUCUGCAGCUUGUGAAGAACAGCAGAACUCGGCCUACAUCCUGUUUUACAAGAGAAACUUCUGAAGCAGGAUAUGGAAGGAAGUUAAGGUCAUUAUCAUGCUGAGAAGGAACAACAGUCGUCCCAGCCUACCAUCGCAGACUGCAGGUAAGUAUUGGCCUUAGGAGGAAGGGUCCUCCCAGAGAGCCUGGUUCCUCCCAAGAUUUCUUCCUCCAGGAGGGAGUUUUUUCUUGCCACCGUCGCCCCACAUUCACUGGUCUCAUUAGCAGAGACAUUUUUAACCUCCUAAGACCUGAACUCUAUCAUGGCAUGCAUUUUUAAUUUCUCUGUGCCAUUUGGGUUGAUUGGGACCUGAUGAAUGCUUCUCAAAACAUGAGAUCCACAUAUGAGGACAUUCAUUUUAAAUUUCGAUUGAACAGUGGCUGUGUAAUGUCCUCCUAAGUGGAUAUCAGGUCUUUGUAGAGCAAAAUGUUGUAUUUUGGUCUCGACAACCCAAAAUGUGAUGUCCACAUAUGUGGACACCAGGUCCUAGGAGGUUAAAAGAAACUCUACUAGUAGUGCACCACUACUAGAGACAGUCCUUUUGUGGACCAGUGUUUGGCUUGCUCUCUGGGAACAACAAAAAUUAAACAAAUAAAUUAAUAAUAAAAUCAGUGCUGUCAGUGUUAAUCUCGUUAAAUGAGAUUAACACUGACAGCACUAAAUAAAAUAAAAUAAAAUAAA